CGCUGCCAAGUGUGGGGUUGCGCUGGCUGCCUGAGGACUUGGAAAGUCUGCGGCCCGCCGGCAGCUGGAAGCUCCUCCGCUGCUCCCUCUGCUCCAGCUGUGCUGCCUGCCUGCCCCAGCCCAGCCCGGCCCUGCCCAGCCCGGCCCUGCCCAGCCCGGCCCUGCCUAGCCCUGCCCGGUGCUGUCCAGCUUGGGACCUGCAAGACCUCGCUCCCCGCUUCUGCUGAGCCUGCCCGUGUGCGCUGGUCCGUCUGGGCACUCCCACGAACACAGUGAGGCAGGCUGGCACACAGUCAGGCGCGCGCACAGAGGUGUUCGCCCUCGGUUCUCGGGUCCGCACACCGGCGCACGCUCGGGGCGGGAACGCUUAGACACCCCUCGAGGUGGGAGCCGUCGGGCACCCUGAGACUGCGCCACGCCAGGACCCUCACAAACACACCCGGACCUGGAGCAGCCUCCCCGCCCCGGGAGCCGGCUGGCGGCACGAGGCCCCUGGAGGACCCCCGGGAGGAUGAGCGGGUCGGCCAUGGCCGGGAGCCUCGGGCGCGAAGGGAGCUCAUGGUGAACGGGCCGGAAGAGACUUUUUCAUUUCAAACCAAACCUGGUGAAGAGGCCUGUUCAGAGGCGGUCCGACCCGGCGCCUGGGGCGGAGGCCAGCCCUGGGCACUCUGCCUCCCGGGGCCCCUCGUGCCCAUCCUAGCUGUGGGAGAUGCGCCUGAGGGGUUUCGGAGAGACCCAGAGGAGUCGCUGGCCAGGCGCCGCCCUGCUGAACCAUGGCUUCCUGGCUCUGGAGAAGGCUGCGUGGGAAAAGGCGACCCGUCACUGGCUUUUGCUGCCUCCUGGCCUUGUCCAUGGCAGCCCUGACCAGCUUCUCCCCCGGCCUCCCAGCCCUGGGCUCUGGGCCUUCCGUGGAGGCUCCUCCAUGGGCCGGCCGACCCCUCCGGGUGAGGGAGGCCAUUCCUCUGGACAAGCCGCAGGGCCCAAAGAUGGCGAGCGGGGGGCCCUGGGCAGGACGGGCCUCCCUGAAGACCUCCAGCUUGGUCUGCAAGGAGGAUGGAGGCCUCGGAAGCAGAGGCGGCCCCAGCCGGCGGCCUCGAGGCAAGCCCGGCAGAUCCCAGGGCCAGGCCCGGAGGGAUGCUGCAGCCCCGGGAGACGCCGGGGCCACCAGUGACCUGGGCAUGGCCAGGAACAUUCCUGGGCGGAGGAAGGGUGCCCGGGGCCCCGCGGCCCUCAGAGACGCCUGGCACGGGCACCCCUUCCGGGAGCUGCCCAUCAAAGCCUUCUCUCCUGGGGCCCAUCUGCAAGGCGGCCUCCCCCAGACGGCAGGGAAAGCUGCCAUCCCUCCCCUCCGCCAGGGCUUUGGCCCGGGGCAGGGCCGGCCCACCCGGCCUCAUCCAGAUGUUCAGGCGGCCGGGGCUGAGAGAGGGGCCUGGCGACCCGGGGGGGAGGGGCCAGCACCACGCCCUGCCCGGGGCCCGGCCGCUGGCUCGUGGCCAGUCUCUGCGGAAGAGCUCCGGGGCUCCGUCUGGUGUGACACGAUGCCCGGGAAGGGGGGCCGCCUGGAAGCGGAGGACACGCCGCCGUGGUUCACGGAGGACGACGUGAGGAAGAUGAGGCUGCUGGCCCACGGCGAGGUGGCCGGCAGAGCGCGGGUGCCGGGCCACGGGCAGGUCCUCCGCGUGGCCCUCUCUCCGGAGAGCCUCCGGGGCGCUCCUGCGCGGGAGCUGGGCCAGCUGUGCGCCGAGGGGCUCUGCGGGCUCAUCAAGCGGCCGGAGGACCUCAGCGAGGUGCUCGCCUUCCACCUGGACCGCGUGCUGGGGCUGGAGCGCAGCUUGCCCGCCGUGGCUCGGCGCUUCCGCAGCCCGCUGCUGCCCUACCGCUACACCCGGGGGGAGCCCCGGCCCGCGGUGUGGUGGGCCCCCGACGUCCGGCACCUGGACGACGGCGACAACGACCAGAACUCCUUCGCCCUGGGAUGGCUGCAGUACCGGAGCCUGCUGGGGCUCCGCUGUGGCGUGGCCGGCUCCGGGGCUCUGCUGGGCCAGGCCCCCUGCCUGGGCGUCCACCACACCGAGUGGGCCCGGCUCGCCCUCUUUGACUUCCUCCUGCAGGUCCACGACCGCCUGGAUCGCUACUGCUGUGGUUUUCAACCCGAGCCAUCAGACCCGUGUCUGGAAGAAAGACUCCGAGAGAAAUGCCGAAAUCCAGGCGAGCUGCUGCUCGUCCAUAUACUGGUCCGGGAGAGUGACCCGUCUCGCCUGGUAUACAUCGAUAAUGCUGGCAAACCCUCGCACCCAGAAUCCAAGCUGAAUUUCAGGCUGCUGGAGGGCAUUGAUGGAUUUCCUGAGUCGGCGGUGAAUGUGCUCGCUUCUGGAUGCUUACAGAACUUGCUGCUGAAAUCACUGAGGAUGGACCCAGAGUUCUGGGAGAGCCAGGGUGGGCAGCAGGGCCUGAGACCUUUGCUUCGCACCAUUGAGGGGAGAGGACGGAUUCUGCUGGAAUACAUCCGGGGACACAACUUAACUCUCUUUAGGGAAGAGGCCCAAGAAAGGGAUGGGACGGUACUCACCUGAUGAGUGCUGGACUUUAUGGUGGAAAACCAGGAGAAUGGGCCUGCAGUCAUCCUGAAAAUGGGCUCUUCAUCCUGAAAGGUACAUUUUCUCAGGGGAAAAUGGAAUAUGGAAAAAAAACCAUUGGAACACCCUGCUCUCUGCAGAGCCCCUGGCUGAGUGGGACAAGGACUUUCCUAGACUACUGACCCCACAGCCACCUUGGGUGUGGGAUCUUUAUCACCUGCCCCAGCUGGGACUCUGGUCACUCCCCCAGGGACGAGCUUCCCCUCUUCUGACAUUUGCAGGGAUGGUGCAUCCAGGAGAUGCAGCUUUUGAGUUCUUGAAGGAACUUCCCACCCUCUGGACACCUUCUUAGCACCUUCUUCCUGCUAGGCCCAGACUCUGAGGAUACAAAGAUAAAAUCAAAAUAUUGCCUGCCCUCAAGGAACACUUUCUGGCUCUCGGAGCCAGAUGCUGGCAGCUCAGACCCAGAGCUCUAUGGGGCAGCCCAUCUCCCGUGGGCGCUGUCUGUGUGGAUGCCUGAAUCUGCAUGGCCUUUGAGUAUGUGGCUUGGCCUGAAAGGAGGAGAGUUUUAACCUGUGCCCUCCUAGAUCAGAGGCUCUGAAUGGCUCUGGGGAGAAGUCCAGUCCAGGCUGUGCAAUGAAGAGUUAAGAAUGAUUCAUUUUUAGAGUCAAAUCUUUCGGUGAUUGUUUAGACGUGAGAGCUGCCCCUGUUUUUGGUUGUCAUUUUAAACUGACAAGGGAAACAGCUUUCUAAGCUUUGGCUGUCAUGUUUCUGUAAGCAUUCUCAUUUCCAGUCCCAGCUGCUCCAUUUAUAUUCCAAGAAAUCAUCUGUAGCAAACAGCCCUUUGGAAAGACUCUCUCUGCCACCCCCACCUUCAUCUCCCUUUCUUACCCCAAGAGCUUUUCUUGCUUUGGUUCUUUGAGGGCCAGUGAUCUCCCAGGGGAGCUGCACCUCUCAACAGCACCCAUCCAGGUCCCAGUGACUCUUCCUCUUUGUAGAUGGUCUCUGAGGGCUGUUGGGUUUGAAAAAUCCAUCCCACUGCAAUGACCUUAUUGAGGAGUCUCUUCUGGCCCUUGGAAAAUGGCGGCCAUCCAUCUCUGUUCUACAUGCAUUUGGGGUUUCUCGUGGCUUAAAAGUAAAUGAUUCAGGGUGGAUCGAGAGCCAGGCCCAGAGGCAGAGGCAGAAGGGUCUUGGACUUAAAUCUGGCCUCAGACAUUUCCUUCCUAGCUGUGGGACCCUGGACCAGGAACUUCAUCCCAGGUGCCUCGCUUUUACGAAAGCUUUUCUGCCUUGGAACCCCUUGAUUUUAAGAGAGUGAGUAAGUUUCAAAAGAAAAGUAAAUGAUUCACCACAGCAACAACAACAAUAAUAGACAUUUUUAUAUAUGAUGUUUGCAAAGUACUUUCCCCUCAUUAUCUCAUUUGAGCCUCACAACAAUCUUGUAAGGAAGGGUAUUACAAGUUAUUAAUAUCCUCAUUUAACAGAUGAGUAGACCAAGGCUCAGAAACAAUGAGUGACUUGCCCAUUUCCAUAUGACUAAUAUCAGGCAAUAUUGAACCCAGAUACUCCCUUACAGUAUCCCUGUGCUGGGCUCACUCUCAUGGAUAGAAUGGAUAAGCUUAAAAGCAGGGGUUUCUUUUUUAUCUUGGGAUUCACAGACUCCUUAGGGGACAAAAAUGGCAUCCUUAUUUUCACUAGCCUCUGAAAUGAGGCAUUCCCUUUCAUUUUUUGAAAACAUGACUUGAACCAUAAAAAAUAAUUAAAUUGAACCACCAAAAAAAUGAGUCUGCUGUGAGGUCCACAGGCUUCUCCAGGAUGCCAGAGGGGUCCACGAGACACAAAAGGUUAAGAACCUCUGCCUUAGUGAAUGUGUACUCUCGCAAAAGAAUCCCUUCUACACUACCAACAACCAGAUGAAUGAAGGCAGCAUUCAAAUAAAAAUGAUUAAAUUAAAAUUGAAUUAAAUUAAAAUAAAAUAAAAAAUCAAUAAAAGGCAGGCCAACACAGCUGACAAAGCUGGGGCCAGAGCUUGGCAAAGUAAGAGCUCGGGUUUCCUCUCCUCUCCUCUCCUCUCCUCUCCUCUCCUCUCCUCUC